UCACUCUACGUCACAGCUGAGCUACACGAGCUCCCGUCAUGGUGCCGAGGCUGGAGCACGAGUUCCUGCUCCCCAACUCCGAGCAGGAGAACUCCCUCUUCCUCCGCGCCCUCAUCUCCGUCGUCUCCGGCGACGCCGUCGUCCCUACGCUGCACAUCGAGCCGUCGACGCUGCCAUUUGCCGUUGCCGCUCCCGCUGCGGCGUGCGCAAGGUGCGGCGUCGACGGGUGCCUCGGCUGCGACGUCGUCGCCACGACCGGCUCGAGCAGCGAGGGUGAAGAGUUCACCGCCGCGAGCUUUGUGAAGGAUGGCGGCGUGCGGAAGCGGCGCGCGAGGAAGGGAGGCAAGUUCAGAGGCGUGCGGCAACGGCCGUGGGGCAAGUGGGCGGCGGAGAUCCGCGAUCCGCACCGCGCCGUGCGCAAGUGGCUCGGCACCUUCGACACCGCCGCCGACGCCGCGCGCGCCUACGACGUGGCGGCGCUCGAGUUCCGCGGCCGCCGCGCCAAGCUCAACUUCCCUAUCGCCGCCGCGUCAUCAACAGCGUCGGCCUCUUCUUGGGCGGCUGCGCAGCCGCAGCGCUUUUCGGAUAGCCAUCGCGAGACCUGCUGUUCAAAGGCGUCGUCGCCGGUGCACGUGUCGUGGCUGCCGGAGCAAGGAAAACCGGUGGCGAGGGAGCAUGAGAUCUGGGGUGGGUUAUACGAGAUCAUGAUGAUGGACGAUUGCAAAUUCUGAGUUUUCGAACCUCCAUUAAUCAACACAGCUUUAGCAAUAUAGCUUGGUAGCACCGUGCUACUAGCAUGGAGCCAAUGACUUUCUCAAGGGGAUCAGUGUGACUGAAAGUGCUCCUAGCACGGAGCCAAGGACAAGGGCAUCAGUGUGACUGGCAAUAGCGUGGAAUUCGGGGUAGAACAACAAAAACCAUGGAAGGUUUAUUCGUUGCUUUGCAAGAACAAGAAAGAAGAAGCCGCCGUUCCAUGUAAAAUCAGUCCAGAUGGUCAAAUAGUUGCUUACAUUCGGUUUUGACUCUGAUUGAAGUGACUGAAACAUAUACGAAUACACCUGGAAUUUACAUCCCAGUUUUCAAAGUGUAUUUUGUCAGAUUUAGUUUUUACUCAUUGAGCAAGAACCACCUUUCAAGAUA